AUGUUUCAGACACCCCCACAGUCUCCCGCCAAGGACUUACAAAACACCCAGCUUACUCCUGCAAUCACCGACACUCCUUUCAAACAGGGUAGUUCCACAAAGUUCCCCUGGACAACCAAUGCGCGUUGCCGGCAUCUCACAGUCAAUGCUAUGGGCGCAGAGAUGAAAAAUUAUUGCGUUGGCCCAAUGCCAGUCCAGGAAUUUCUUGAGCAGUUCCUACCGACUUCAGAGAUACCAGAUCUCCCCGCGUUAACCUUCAAGAGUGGCAUAUUUGAUAGCACAAUCUCUGUCAAAGAUGAGGUGCUGGCUUAUGAACCAUUUAUUGGCACUUUGAAAUCCUUUGCCCCCGCUUUAUCAUUCGUCGACACUUCCAAUCAUGCAGACACAAAGCUUUCUCAAGCAUUCUCAUUCGCUGUCAAGCCGGACAUCAGCAUAUAUGCUGAUGGAACAUCCCACGGCUGCGAUGUUUCUAUCGCAGAAGUUCUCGUCGAAUUGAAGUGGGCUGCCGUUCAUGAUGCCUUUUGCGACCCUCCUCUCGACUCGAAGGACAAAUCCUCCUUUAUCAACCAGACCAUGAAGGGCAUGGACACGUUAGGACAAAUCACGAGCUACGCCGCAGCCCAGCUUGGCGCUCAAUACCGUACCCACGCUUUCUCGGUCCUGAUUGUGCGCAAUCUCGCUCGCAUCAUCAGAUGGGACAGGGAGGGAGCCAUUGUUACUCGUGCCUUCAAUUACAACAAAUAUCCACACUUAGCCGACUUUUUCCAUCGUUUUUCACAAGCAUCGCCUGCAUUGCGUGGCGUUGAUACAUCAGUGACGCCCGCUAGCGCCGAGGAGGCCAUUUGCGCACAGUUGAAGUUAAACCUUCAUGCUGACACGCGCAUGUUCAAGGUUACCAUCCCUGCUGCUGAGGGUGUUGGUUCAUUCACGUUGAUUAUUCCUGCACCUGUUGCCCGUGGUCUUUCGCCUGUUGGCCGUAGGACACGUACAUGUCCUGCAUUUGACCUUGCCAACGACAAGAUCGUCAUGUUCAAGGACUCUUGGCGGGUGUCAUUGCCCGAUAUACUACCAGAGGGUGAAACUUACAAACUCUUGAAGGAUGCCAACGUUCGCAAUGUCGCGACAUGCAUUGCAUGUCAUGAUGUACCAUCUCUCCCUCAGCAACGCACGCAAACUUUCAAGUUCAGGAAGGCUUCAUGGGCGUGUUCCCAUGACGAUCUCACUCCACAUAUUCAUUACCGUCUGGUUCUCAAUCUUGUUGGCAAGCCGUUGAUACACUUUACGAGCUCUCGUGAAGUUGUCCAAGCUGUUCGUGAUUCACUGAUUGCCCAUGAGGACGCAUGUAUCAAGGCGGGCGUGUUACAUCGAGACCUCAGUGUUGGAAAUGUGGUCAUGCAUGACGCCAUUGGCAUCCUCAUAGAUUGGGAUCUUGCAAAGUUACUCAGAAUUCAGGGUCCUCGACAAAUCACACGCACGGGAACCUGGCAAUUCAUGUCUGCCAACCUUGUCGAACACAAAUAUGCCAUGCAUACCGUCGAGGAUGACCUCGAGUCCAGUUUUUACGUCGUUUUAUGGAUCGCUUUGAUGUACACAGAGAGUUAUAUGGACACCCCCACUCGGUCGCUACUCAUGAAGCAGGUCUUCGAGGCUGAGGAGAUGGACGGGAUCGGAUCCAACUCAAAAUCGGCUUUUCUCAUCUCGAGACGGCAAAUCGCCGGUGAUGUGUUUGUUGGGCGCAAAGCGCUUGACAAGCUUGUCCUUGCACUUGCUGAACUCUUCGCUCUUCGGUACAUUUUGACCACCGAUGAGGAUCAGGCUGUAUUCGACAAAACAUUCCCGUGCCUGGAGUCCACAAUUGGGACUCCUACUCAUGAAAUUCUCCUCAUGAACUUGAACGCAAAUACUGCUUACAAGAAGCAGGCAGCCAUGGAGACUUUGAGGUCACAUUCCAAGAUCAUCGCUAUUUACAAUGACUACCUCGCAUUAGAUGCUUGGCUUCCUCAUGAGGUUCCCAAACUGCAACCUCUCGUUGACGAUGAAAAGCGCAAGCCACAGGAAUUCUUCACAAAGUCACAGCACCCCUCCCGGGUACUAGUUACUCCAACUGGGAAGAGACAGAGGUUGAACCCGGACUUGGACUCAAGCCACUCUUAUGGCUGA